UUAGCGUUUACUCUGGUUUAACCUCACUUAAGUUGGUGCUAGAUUGAGAAAUAUUAACUUACUAUUUACUAUUAUUAAGGUUGAAAAAUGCCUGCCUGUAAGGUAAAAGGUUGCCGAAGUCGAUCGGGGAUAGAUAAUGUGAAAAUGAAUUCUUUCCCAAAAGAAUCAGAACGACGGACAGUGUGGAUAAAAAAUAUAGGGUUAAAACAAGAUCCAAGCAAAUAUGCUGUUGUUUGUGAAGAACACUUUACUUCUGACAUGUGGGAAAAAGUUAGACAAGAUGGCAGCAGAAAAUUAAAAUGCAAUGCUGUACCAACAAUAUUUAGAGAAGAAAGCGAAAGUAACUAAUUAUUUAUAUUUGUUUUUUGUUUAGUCACCAAUUUAACACCUAUAGAUAUUUGUAUAACAAGAGAGCAAAGUGCUACUUUUCCUCCCAAGAAUAAAGUUUACUAGUUUACUACAGUAAUCAUUCAAGGGAGGAAAAGGCACUUCUCCCAUGUUAUAAGGCGGGUUGACAUUACUAGUGAA